GUCUUGGGUGUCAGAGGAAGCUGCUCCUUGAAUGAUAAGGAGGCUUUGCAAUAGACAGACACACAUGCUGUUUUGUAAGGAUACAUCUGAUACCUGGAUAUAACCAUGUUUUUGUGGUUUAAAGUCUUGGUGUUUGGCAUGGCCCUUGUGGACACGAAUGCUGCCGAUGACGGGUCAACGAUACCAUCAAUGAUGUCUCAUCUUAAAGCUGAAAACACAAGUCUUGUUCCAAUUCCUGGCCCUUCCGUCAUACCUGCACGCUUCACAGCACACUUACCUGCAAACAUCUCUGAAAGACAGCAUGGCUUUAUCACACCUGCAGCAGUGGUUCCUGCACAGGCCUCUAAUUCUACCGAGAAGUCUGUUUCUAUAACCAGCCCCAGCUCCGUCAGCAACAUCACAGAUGAUCUGAAAAAUACUUCCUCCACACAACCCAUCACACCAUCCACUGGCAUUCCAGCAAGCACCUCUCAGACUCCCACAGGCACCAUCACAACCCCAAUAGGAACCACUACAACUCCCAAGGACUGCAAUAUUUACAUUUUUUCAGUGAAGUACUAUACAUUUGAUGGCCACUCUGUCAAUGCUGUGAUGCACCCUCCUAAUUUGCCAAAUGUUUUCUGUGACCAUUGUCAUUGGAAUAAGGAUAAUAAUACGAUUUCGGGACUUCAUUCCUGCUCAACUUACAACCUGAAUACAACUAUUAACGGGUGUGAAAAGUCAAUAACUAUUCCUGUCCCUCCUGUGGAUAUCAAUUUGACACUCACCGAUGUCACUGACUCUAGUGUCACCUUAGAGUGGACUACUCCUGUAAACUCCUGUGUUGUGAAUUACUCCUGUGUUGUGAAUUACUCGUGCUGUCAUCUCGGUCCAAAUUGGCCUGGAGAUUGUAGUAGAAGCAGUACUAGUGAAAUCCGGUUUUUAUCACCCAACAAGAAUUAUACCUGCAAAUCAGAAAUAUAUUUUGAAAACAAUCUGGUGAACAAUAAAAGCAUUGAUGUAAAGACAGAUUUUGGAGCACCAGACCAAGUUGAAAAUGUUAACUUCAAAGCAUAUUCAAGAAAUAUUUCCAUCCACUGGCAGAAACCAAGGGACGAAUCAAAUGGUCCUAUUCAUGGCUACAUGGUCUAUAUCAGCGCUUUUCAGCCAAUAGAUGUUUACGCAAACACCAGUCACUUCUGGAGUGAACUAACGCCUUAUACAAAUUAUAGUGUAUCUGUAUGGGCAUAUACUUGGAACAGGCGAAAUCACAAAAUCGAGGGGAAGCAAUAUCUCCAGCACAUUUUAACCGAUCAAGAAAAACCAACAGCUGUGCGAAAUCCAGAAGCUUUCAUACAUGGGAAAAACAAUGAAGUUCGGAUUAAAUGUGAAGAACCAGAAACGUUUCAUGGACCCAAGAAAGUAUAUACAGUGUAUUGGGAUGGUCAGAAGCUGGAAAAUAACUCAUGCUUCUUUGAUUUAAAACUUUCCUUCCUGACAAAAUAUGACUUUGAAAUUACUGUUUCUAAUGACCACUUUGAGUCAGUGUCAGUCCCCAUUACAAUAACAACUGAAUAUAAUUCUGAUGCCCUGAUUAUGUUUUUGGCAUUCCUCAUUGUUAUGACAACUUUGGCCUUAAUCAUUGUUCUGUAUAAAAUCUACGACCUUAAGAAAAAGAGAUCAAGAGAUCCCGAUGAAUCUGUGAUGCUUGUUCUUCCAGAUGAUGAAAGGCUACUGAUGAAUAUAGAGCCAAUUCCUGCCGAGUUGUUAUGGGAAACCUAUAAGAGAAAAAUAGCAGAUGAAGGAAGGCUUUUCCUGGAUGAAUUUCAGAGCAUCCCUAGAGUUUUCAGUAAAUUCCCCAUAAGAGAUGCACGCAAAUCUUACAAUCAGAACAAGAACCGCUAUGUCGAUAUCCUCCCUUACGACCAUAACCGUGUGGAGCUCUCUUCAAUCAUCAGUGAUCCAGGUUCUGAUUACAUAAAUGCCAGCCAUAUUGAUGGUUUCAAGGAACUGGGGAAAUACAUUCUUCCAUCAGGUCCUAAAGAUGAAACAAUGGAUGACUUCUGGAGAAUGAUCUGGGAGCAAAAGGCAACAAUUAUUGUCAUGGUGACUCGCUGUGAAGAAGGAAACAGGAACAAAUGUGCCCAAUACUGGCCUUCCAUGGAGGAGAAGACUGCCUCUUAUGGGGACAUCAUUGUGAAGAUAAGUGAUUGCAAAGUGUGUCCUAACUACAUUAUUCGGAAGCUGCAUAUCACAAAUAGAAGAGAAAAAACAGCUGCAAGGGAUGUGACCCACAUUCAGUUUACAAGCUGGCCUGACCACGGAGUACCUGAUGAUCCACAUCUGCUUCUCAAGUUACGGCGUCGAGUUAAUGCUUUAAGCAACUUUUUUAGUGGACCAAUAGUGGUUCAUUGCAGUGCUGGUGUUGGGCGUACUGGAACUUAUAUUGGAAUUGAUGCCAUGCUGGAGGGACUCGAUACUGAAGGAAGAGUGGAUGUUUAUGGCUAUGUUGUGAAAUUACGACGUCAGCGAUGCCUCAUGGUUCAAGUAGAGACACAGUACAUCUUGAUCCAUCAAGCUUUGGUUGAGUACAUCCAAUACGGAGAGACAGAAGUCAGCAUCUCAGAACUGCACAACCAUCUUAAUAACUUGAAGAAAAGUUAUCCUCUCAAUGACCCUUCCCUUUUGGAAGCAGAAUUCCAGAGGCUGCCUUCGUAUAAAAACUGGCAGACACAGAGAGCUGGCAACAGAGAGGAAAACAAGAAUAAAAACCGGAGUUCAGUUAUUCCAUAUGACUUUAACAGAGUAUUAUUCAAAUGUGAAGAGGAGGGUAAAAGAGACAGUGAGCUUGAUUCCAAUGACGACUCAGAUGAGGAAAGUGACUGUGAGGAGUCUGACAAAUAUAUAAAUGCUUCAUAUAUAAGUGGCUAUUGGCUUCAAAAUGCAAUGAUAGCAACACAAGGACCACUGCAGGGAACCAUUAGCGAUUUCUGGUCCAUGAUUUACCAGAGAAAAGUGAAAGUUGUCAUUAUGUUGACUGAGCUGAAAGACGGCACUCAAGAACUAUGUGCACAGUAUUGGGGGGAAGGAAAAGAGACCUAUGAUAAUCUCUCUGUUGAACUGAAAGAUACCAACUGUUCUCCCAGUUAUACCGUUCGUACCUUUCAUCUAACACAUGUGAAGAGGAAAGAAAUCCGAGAAGUGUUUCAGUAUCAAUAUCAUAAAUGGAAAGCCUUUGGUCACCCUGAAUCUCUCCAAGACUUAGUUGCCAUGAUUCAGAGUCUCAAACAGAAGCUUCCAGCACCACCUACAGCAAUUGAAGCAAAUGUGUGCAACAAGAAUGUUCCACUUGUCGUUCACUGCUGUGAUGGUUCCCAGCAAACAGGAAUAUUGUGUGCCUUACUGAAUCUCUUGGAUAGUGCAGAGACGGAAGGAGUAAUAGAUGUUUUCCAAGUUGUGAAAUCUCUUCGUAAAGCCAGGCCGGGAAUGAUUUCCACUUUUGAAGAUUACCAGUUUCUUUAUGAUGCAGUUGCUAGGGUGUAUUCUGCCCAAAAUGGACAACCGCAAACAAACCAAUCCCAAGAACAGAAUGUCAAUAUUCAUAAUGAUUCAGAGGAAGGAGAGGAGGCUAACUCUAGUACAAAGGAUGUCUGCAUUGUGGUUCCAGAAAAUGAGAAAGACGUGAACAUGGAGGAACAUUCCAAAGUCCCAGCUGACUCCAGGGAAGCAGAAAAUGCUCUGAAUGGACCUACCAUUCCAGUUUGAUCAGAGACAGCCUAGAAACAGUCUGAACCUUUUCAGUUAAAACUUCUGCACGGGCCAUAGUAAAUUGAGAGCAAGAGUAAACUCAGAACAAGAAGGAUGUUUCCAUUAGAUUCCGAAUCUAUCCCCCCAUCCCCCCCCCCGCUUUUCUCAAUAGGUUUUCUGCAAAUCCUGACAAUCCAUGGAACAGAUUACUUGGAACUUGUUGAUAGUUAUGGCACACCGUGAAGUGAAUGCAUGUGUAUACAUAUACUGCAGUUUUUCAUUGUGGGUUAAAAUGUGUAUUCUUUAAGAACAGUAGAACACAGAGCUAUUAAAACCAUAACUGUUUAGAAAAUUGAGGAAACAGGUGAUGAUGCAGCAUGAAGAUCAGCUUCAUUGUUUUUAAAAGGCAAAACUUUCACUAGACAUACCCAAAUCUUGGACAGGCCUAAAGUUGGUUCCCAACCAUAGUCAUUUACAUGUUCUUUUUUAGCCCCUAAGGGGGCAAAAUGUAAGCAUUAUCCCUGACUGAACAGCUUCUGGGUGCACAUGAUAGUGCUAUUGUACAUACAGAACACAUGCUGUUGGUGAAGUGAACAGCCUGCAAAGGAUUGUAAGUGUUUUUGCAGCUGAACAAGGCCCUAAAUAUUAGCACUGUUCAGCAAGCAUUCCUUAAGCAAAGCUGAGUAUCAGAUGGACAGUAACUAUGAAAUUAAUCAAUAGACAGUGGUCCUAGAAAAAUCAAGCUAAAAAUUAAGAUUUGCAUUUCUCACACUGUCCUUGAGAUGUCACUGUCUUCCCAGACAUUCACCCUGCAGUUUCUUUCUGGAUCAUGAAGUAGUACUGAAUAUUUUGCAAAAUGCAAGUUGAAAUAUUACUCAGUUGACAUUUUGAUUUCACAUAUUAUCACAGCUUUUUUAAUACGUUCAAUAGAUGUUUUAAUACAAGGUAUUUUCCUCCAUUCUUUUAUUAUUGUAUAUUCUACUGUUUUGCAAAAUUGAGAACAUUUUUUAUAUGAAGAGUUUUAUAUAUUAGAAUUGGGUCUGUUUCAUUUCUACUUUGAUGACAUUUGUUUAAUAAUGAAUUUGUUUUUUAAAAGAUUAACAUAAAAUUAAGUAUCUGAGGCAUAUGAAAUAUGGAUGUGAAGGGGUGGGACUUAGGUGUUAAAAUAUAAAAAAAGUGUUCUGAAGAUAUUUUUCCAGUCAAGUUGAUCAUAUUUUUUUUCAGAUUCUGAAUUGACCACAAAUAUAUGUUCUGUU